AUUAUUUAUGAUAAAUGCAUAGAUAACACACAAUAUAGAUACACGGCAGGAAAGGAACAGUGUGUGUUUUGAUAGUGUCGUGUUUUUUAAAUCAAAAGUUCGUUAAAAACCUUUGAAAUGUCGUCUUCGUUCUUCCUCAAAGGCAAAUCUAGACAAGUUCAAAAAAGAAAAGGAGAAAAAAUAAAAAAGAAACCUGCGAAGAAAUCGACACUUCCUAACCUAGAAAACGGACACGAAUCGUCCGAUAGUGACUUAGAUUUAAAGAAAUUUUCAGAUGCAGAAGAAUCUGAAAGUGAUCAUGAGACAGUGGAGGAAAAGAAAUUAAGGUUAGCUAAAAAAUACUUAGAGGAAAUUGAGAAAGAAGAAGCUAAACGAGCCGAAGAAAAGGAGAUCGAUGAUGCAGUCCAAAAACGUUUACAAAGAGAUUAUCUUGAACAGAGAGGGAAACUUAAACUGGAACUUGCUGAUAAAUAUCAGGCACCUACUGACAGCGAUGUCAAAGUCAUACGAGCUAAAGAACAUCGACUUACUCUCACAUGUGUUUGUAUCAGUAAUGAUAGUACCUUAGUAUUUACAGGCAGUAAAUGUAGCACAAUUGUUAAAUGGAGUAUCAAAGAAAAGAGAAAAGUUGGUACAUUAACAUAUAAAACCCACUCGAAUUUCUUAAAAGGUGGCAUUACUAGUUUAGCUAUAUCAACAGAUUCAAAAUAUCUCGCAUCAUCCGACGAGUCAUCCAACAUUCAAAUUUGGGACCCAAUAACCUUUAAGCAUAUACACACAUUUAAAGGACACAAAGAUUCUAUCAUAGGUCUAGUUUUUAGAAAGAAUACACAUGACAUGUACUCUGCAAGUAAAGAUCGCUCUGUAAAAAUUUGGUCAUUAGAUGAAAUGUCUUAUGUGGAAACACUUUUUGGUCAUCAAACUCCAAUAUCAUCCAUUGAUGCAUUAACAAGGGAGAGAGCAAUAACAUCUGGUGGCAGGGAUAGUACAAUUAGAAUUUGGAAAAUAGUAGAGGAAUCACAGCUAAUAUUCAAUGGCCCUGUAGGUAGUCUUGAUGAAGUGAAACUUUUGGAUGAAGAACAUUUUGUGUCUGGUAGUGAUAAUGGUUCCAUUUGCCUAUGGAGUGUCUUGAAGAAAAAACCAUUAUAUAUAGUCCCAGAGGCCCAUGGCACCGAAAAUGAUGUUCCCAGGUGGAUCACUAGCCUUGCAACUUUAUUAAAUUCAGAUAUUUUUGCAUCUGGAUCUUGGGACAAUCAAAUCAGACUGUGGAAAAUUUAUGACUCUUAUAAGAAAGUUCAGCCUUUGUUCAGUAUAGAAAUAAAUGGUUGUAUUAACUGUAUGCAGUUUACUUGCGAUGGUAAUCAAUUAUAUGUGGCAGUGGGACAAGAACACAAAGCUGGGAGGUGGUUUAAGUUGUCAUCUGUCAAAAAUGGUCUUGCAAUUGUUAAUUUUAAAAUAAAAUAAACUUAAAUAAGCAUCUAAU